GCGCGCGGGAGCAGGAGUAUGGCGCUGUACGCGGCAGCGGCCGCCGUGCUGGCGGGCGUGGAGAACCGCCAGGGCUCCAUCAAGGGGUUGGUGUAUGCCAGCCGCUUCCAGAACGUGAAGCAGCUGUACGCGCUGGUGUGCGAGACGCAGCGCUAUUCCGCCGUGCUGGACGCCGUGAUCGCCAGCGCCGGCCUCUUCCGUGCCGAGAAGAAGCUGAGACCGCACCUGGCCAAGGUGCUAGUGUAUGAGUUGCUGCUGGGAAAAGGUUUUCGAGGAGGUGGGGGCCGAUGGAAACCUCUGCUUGGUCGGCACCAGGCGAGGCUCAAGGCUGAGUUGGCCCGGCUCAAGGUUCAUCGGGGCGUGAGCCGGAAUGAGGACCUGUUGGAAGUGGGAUCCAGACUUGGCCCAGCCUCCCAGGUGCCUCGAUUUGUGCGCGUGAACACUCUCAAGACCUGCACUGAUGAUGCAAUCGAUUAUUUCAAGAGACAAGGUUUCUCCUACCAGGGUCAGGCUUCCAGCCUCGAGGACUUAAGGGCCCUCAGGGGGAAGCGUUUUCUUCUGGAUCCCUUGUUGCCAGAGCUGCUUGUGUUUCCUGCCCAAACAGAUCUGCAUGAACAUCCACUGUACCAAGCUGGUCACCUUAUCCUACAAGACAAGGCCAGCUGUCUCCCAGCCAUGCUGCUGGCUCCUCCACCAGGUUCCCAUGUCAUUGAUGCGUGUGCUGCCCCAGGCAAUAAGACCAGUCACUUGGCUGCUUUUCUGAAGAACCAAGGGAAGAUAUUUGCCUUUGACCUGGAUGCCAAGCGGCUGGCAUCCAUGGCUACUCUACUGGUCCGGGCUGGAGUCUCCUGCUGUGAGUUAGCCAAGGAGGACUUCCUGGCAGUCUCACCCUCAGACCAGCGUUAUCGUCAGGUCCAGUACAUCUUGCUGGAUCCUUCUUGUAGUGGCUCUGGUAUGUUGACCAGACAGCUGGAGGAGCCCGGGGCAGAUACACCUAGCAAGGAACGCUUACAUGCCCUGGCUGGGUUCCAGCAGCGAGCUCUCUGCCACGCGCUCACUUUCCCCUCCUUGCAGCGCCUUGUCUACUCCACAUGUUCCUUCUGCCAAGAGGAGAAUGAAGAUGUGGUACGAGACGCCCUGCAGCAGCAGAGCCCAGGCACCUUCAGGAUAGCUCCUGUCCUACCCUCCUGGCCCCACCGAGGCCUUAGCACUUUUCCAGGUGCUGAGCACUGCCUCCGAGCCUCCCCUGAGACCACGCUCACUGGUGGCUUCUUCAUUGCUGUAAUUGAACGGGUAGAGGUGCCGAGCCCAGCUUCACAGGCUGAAGCACUGGCACAAGAACUUAUACCCAGCCCAGCCCCGAAGAGAAGGAGGCGGCAGCGAAAAGCAGUGGCUGGUCGUAGCACGCUGCCUUGCACGUAGCAGGUGCUCAAGGCUUUGACUUCUUGCUGGUAGGAAAUGAAGACACCAGCCCUCUCCUCAGCUGAGAACCCUUGGACCCUCACACUCUAGCAGUUUGGUUUUUAAAGGUUAUUUUUAUUGCUGCAGGAAGUUAACUGGUAACCCUGUUUCUCCAGCUAGACAGUGUACAUUUCUUAGUCCUUUGAGUCCCUUCCCAGGGCUGUGUUCCUGCUGGUGAGAGAAGCACUGCCCGCAAAAAUAAAAGGCAGAACAUGGUC